AUGCUCUUGCCCCUUCCCGGAACACCGGACUCGUCAUGGGCGAGGUUCCGUGAGCGAUUCAAAGCCAUUUUCCACGGCGCGAAUCCCAGGGUCUGCACGGCGUUUUGGUUCUUAGGUCUAAUCAACAAUGUCCUCUACGUGAUUAUCCUUUCGGCAGCCCUCGAUCUUGUCGGCCCUGAUUUCCCCAAGGGCGUCGUGCUCCUGGCCGAUGUGGUCCCGUCCUUUGGCACCAAGCUGAUCGCGCCGUACUUUAUCCACGUCGUGCCGUACUCGAUGAGGGUGUUGAUGUUUGUGACUCUGUCGGUUCUGGGCAUGCUCGUCAUUGCUCUUACCCCUUCUUAUACCGAUGGCGGGACCAUCUCAACCAAGCUCGCGGGUGUCAUCCUCGCGAGCCUGUCCAGCGGAGGCGGAGAGCUGAGCUUUCUCGGGCUAACACACUUCUACGGACCGUUUAGUCUUGCUGCCUGGGGCAGUGGAACGGGUGCAGCCGGACUGGUCGGUGCUGGUGCGUACGCCGUUGCGACGACCUCGCUGGGCCUCAGUGUCAAGGCCACUCUGCUCGCUUCGGCAUGCCUACCGGCGAUCAUGCUUGUGAGCUACUUUGUGAUUCUGCCAAGAUUACCGCUUCACUACAGGCUACAGACCCAGUCCGGAUAUCACGCAAUUUCCGAGAGCGACGGGGAUGAGGAGGAGGAAGUACGCCAGGAGGAUCGAGUACAGGACUGGCAUGAGCGCGACGGGCUGCUGGAAAGGCCGGAACGCGCAACGGAAUACCGCAAGCCGGCAAGGACUGGCGAUGCUUUAGGUGGAUGUUAUGCUGCAUGGGCUGACAUGAUUUCAAUUGGCAGCAUGCUUCCUCUGCUGUUGGUCUACAUUGCCGAAUACACCAUCAACCAGGGAGUUGCGCCCACGCUGCUCUUCCCGCUGGAGGACUCUCCCUUUCGACAUUUCCGGGGCUUCUACCCGGCCUACAACGCCAUCUAUCAGGUUGGCGUCUUCCUGUCGCGGUCGUCGACCCCGUUUUUCCGAGUGCACAAUCUGUACUUUCCCUCGUUCCUGCAGGUGAUCAACCUGACGGUGUUGACGCUGCACUCGAUCUUUAAUUUUAUCCCGAAUGUAUAUAUCAUCUUCGCCAUUAUCUUCUGGGAAGGCCUGCUCGGGGGACUCGUCUACGUCAACACGUUCGCCGAGAUCAGUGACCGCGUACCGCCGGAAGAGCGGGAAUUCUCUCUGGCAGCUACGACGGUGAGCGACUCGGGGGGGAUUUGCAUUGCGGGGUUUCUGGGGAUGGCAUUUGAGGUGUGGCUGUGCCGGUGGCAGUGGGUAAUAAUGAACCUAUAA